AUGCCUGAGAUCAUACUAUCGAUAAAUGCUGGUUCGUCAAGUGUCAAGGUCUCUGUCUACAAAACGCCAGAAGAUGGCGCCGAUGUGCCCAAGCAGCUAGUAGAAGCCUCGAUCGACGGCCUUACAGCACCUCCAGCAAAACUCAAGUAUUCACGCGGCGAUAAGACAAUCAAGGGCAAAGAGUUGGAAGGCAUCACAUCGCAGAAAGAUGCAUUCGAGUACAUUUUGGAUCACCUGACCAACGAUGAGGGUCUCCCGGAACUGAACAACAAAGAAGACAUCCAUUUCACAUGCCAUCGCGUUGUUCACGGCGGCGACUACCCGCGCUCUCAAGUCAUCGACCAGGAGACCUACCACCACAUCGAAGAGCUUAGCGAUCUAGCGCCUCUACACAACGCUCCAGCGCUCAGCAUUGUUCGCGCAGUUGCUGACAUCCUGCCUCACGCAAAGAAUAUCGCUUACUUCGACUCGUCCUUCCACAACACGCUGCCAGAGCACGUAUGCACCUAUCCCAUCGAUCAAGCUGUCGCAAAGAAAAAUAAACUGCGCAAGUACGGGUUCCACGGCAUUUCAUACUCCUUCAUUGUGCACGCUGUGUCAACAUACCUCGAGAAGCCCGCAGACCAGCUUAAUAUCAUUGCCCUGCAUCUCGGCUCCGGCGCAAGCGCAUGCUGCAUCCACAACGGCAACAGUGUGGACACUUCCAUGGGCUUGACGCCUCUGGCAGGUCUGCCUGGUGCAACAAGAUCCGGCAGCAUUGACCCGAGCUUGAUGUUCCACUUUACGCACAGCGCGGGCAAGCCCAGCCAUAGCUCUGGCACACAAAUGCACAUAACUCAGGCUGAACAGAUUCUGAACAAGAAGAGCGGCUGGCAGGCGCUCACAGGCACGACGGACUUCGGCAAGAUCAGCGCGAGCGACAGACCUGAGGAUAAGCUGGCUUUCGACAUCUUCGUGGACCGUAUUGGGAACUAUGUUGCGCCAUACUUCACAAAGUUGGACGGGAAAGUUGAUGCUCUAGUCUUUGCCGGUGGAAUUGGUGAGAAGGGUGACAGGCUGAGAAGGGAGGUUGUCAGGGGCGUCAGGUGCCUUGGUUUUGAACUCGAUGGUAGGAAGAACAGCCAACCAGUGAAGGAUGUGGUAACGGAUAUCAGUGACGAGGAUGCAAGGUACAAGACGCUGGUUGUCCAGACCGAUGAACAACUGGAGAUGGCAAGAGGAACCUUGGUCGACAAGGAUCGAUUUGUAGGAAAGAGGUAG